AUCUAUUACAUUUAUUGAGCUAUACAACAUGGCUCUACACGGACCUGUUGACCCUACUCUCUGGAUCACUCGUAGGUUAGGUUACUGGGAGAAUCAGCUGUUUGGAAACCUGGAUCACACCUCGAACUGUAAUAUUGUAAUGAACACGUGCAUCUAGUCGGAUCACAUUGACCCUGCUAAGCUUGAGGAAGCAGUCAGGGCUCUCAUUUACAAUCAGCCUAACUUUAGAGCAGAUGUGAGGAGGGGAGAAGAUGGAGUGAUAUGCUUCACUCCUGCCACUGAUUUCUCUGAUGUGUUUGAGUUCAUUGACCAAAGUGGAGAUACGGGAGGGAUUACAGGUUACACCGGCUGCUGGGAGCUCUCAGAGAAGUUAGUCAACACACCCUUCUCCUGUGGAUCUGGGGCUCAACUCCACAAAACCUACCUUGUAAAGAGACCUGACUGCUAUAUGCUGCUUAACCGAUACCACCACGGCAUUGGUGACGGGACCACAGGGUUCCGCAUAAUCAACGAGAUACUGAGGCAAUAUGAUCUGUUGGUCUCUGGGAAGGCAGUGGAUCUGUCACCAGCUGCGGUGCUGAUAUCAGGCGAGGACAUGUCCAAGUUUGUGAAGAACGACGAGCUAGUUGAGAAGAUGAUUGAUGCUAGAAUGGAACGAGCCAAGGUUCAGGAGAUGCUCAUGCCGCUCAACCGUGAAGAACUGGCGGCAUCUCAGGCAGGCAACCCUUGGAUUAAUAAAACUCUGCAUGCAAUAGGAACUGUAGAGGGUCUGACCAAGUUAAAAGCCCUGUGCAAGAGAUCAGGGGUGACUGUUGAUUGCUACAGCUUUGCAGCUUUGUUCUACGCGGUAGCAGCAGUUCACAUUAAGAGAAAAGGAGGAGAGUUUCCCGAAGAGGGGGUUCCAAAAUUGUACACUGAUGUUGUUGCUAACCUCAGGAGCCGGGUAGAUCCAGAUCCCGGGGAUGAGAGCUUUAUGCUCUGCAUUGCUGAGGUUGAAACAAGUGAGAAGAUAACCAAAGAAACCACGCUCAAAUCUUGUAUCGAGGAAAGAGGUUUCCUUUGUUUGCGAAGUACAAAGAAGGAGUGGAGACAGGGACACACUCCGAGUACUUCAACUCUCACCCAGAAGGAACCUACUGCGAGUUCCUGCCGAGUAACCAGGUAGGGUUCAAGUACCCCACCAAAUACAGCUGGGGUGAGAUGACUUCAACCGAUACGGUGGGAUCUUACUGGUGUCCUUUUUCAAACCAAGUGGUGCUGUAUCACAGUGUUAACGGGGCCUUAAACUACACAACUUGCUGCUGUGACGGAGACAAUAAUUGUAAAGAUGCCCAGGAAGUCCAGGAUUUGUUUGUUUCCGUCAUGGAAAAUGCAGAUAGGGUGAACGAAAAUACUCGAGUUAUGGACAUUGUCAAUUUUUAAUAUGAAGUCAGUUACAGAAUGAACUCUAUCUUAUUUCGGCUUAUUUUAUAUAAUAUGGCAAAUUUUAUGGGUAAUAAUUGUGUUUUAAAUGCCUAAGUAUGCGUGAUAUU